AUGGAACAAGUGACGAGUAACAACGUGAACCGGGCCCCGGGGGACGCUCGACCUCCAAGUGGUGGCCCCAUUGGCCAAGAGGCUACCGGUCCGACGCAACUACCCGUGCGUCCGCCGCUCACCAGAAUUGAUUCGCGUUCGUCGCUGACGCCACAGUCGCCGAGGCCAGGGGCUCCUCAGUUCCAACAGCGUCCGCAGUUCCAACAGGGUGGACCGGUAAAUAGUGCGCCUCAGUUCGCACCGCGAUCUGGAAGUCCAAUAACAAGGGCAUCGGCUCCGUCCCCAACACCAGGGUCUCCGCAAAUUCGAGCGCAAGUACCUCAGGCACGUCCCGCAGGACCUCAGCAACAGCAGGGUCCAAAGCCUAUACAGUCCCCAACCACAGCACAACCUCCGCAAAGAGCUCCUGUACCGAGCAAUCUACAGUUCGGUCCAAGGCAGCCGCCGCAAUUUGGGAGUGCUUCAACGCCUGACGGUUCACGAGCUCAGCCCCCGAAUAUUAACGGGAACACUAAGAACGGUGUUCCGUUAACGGCCCAAGUAACUGGACAAAUUUCACGUCAACCAUCACAAGGCUCAUUGAAGGGCCUUGACUCUUCUAUCACAAAUCAAGGUAAAGCGGCAAUCCUGGAUAACCAAAAUAUUACCAAUGACAAUCAAAAUGCUAACAAACCCGAGAUCAACGCGGAAGCGCAAGGAAUGCCAAAAGGCCGAAGUUACAGUAUUGCUGCCGCCCCUGGUACACCAAGUCCGCUUAAAAUCGACGAAGAUCGACGAAAAUCGAUUAGUGCCGUGGGAGGUAAGAUCGAAGAGUUUACAGUUCGUAGCCCAGGACUUGGGUUAAUUCAAGAAUCUAAAGACAGUAGAGACAAUGUUCAUGGCUCUAAGGACAGUGUGCGGUCGGAGGUAUCUCAUGAUGGAAACAAAGAUAAUGCAGAUCGUCCAGAGUCACGCCUUUCUGGGUCUAGAAUGACUGAAUCGAUAAUGGGAUCGCUAACCAACUUGGGGCCGAAGAAGAAGGUGGAUGAUGACGACGAUGUUGUGCUGCAGAAUAACACACAGACAGUUAAAAAUGGCUCCACUUUGAAUCAUAAUAAAACCGAUCUUUCCGACCGCUCCCCGUCUCUGACAAGAAGUGAUGAUUCGCCAGAACCUAAAAAUUUAUCGCAAAGUUCGGUAAUCAUGAACAAAUCGCACAGCGCUACGCCCGAGCCACUGCGCCCAAAAACGCCUAAAGCUGAAGUGAAACCAGAUAUCAAAGUGGAAGUGCCGAAAGACUUAAAAACUUCCGAUACGUCGAUAAAAACACCGUCUAAAUCCCCCGUCCAAGAAAGACCUUUGACAGCCAAUAAGAAACCAACAGAUUUGAAGACAUCUGUUACUCCUACCGAUUCUAAAAAAUCAACACCUAGAAAAGUAGUUUCAGCGCCGAAAUCGCGUCCCAAAGAUGGCGAUAAUGACAGUGGUGUCGAUGAGUCAACUCAGGGAAAUGAUGUCAAUGGAUCACCUGCUUCACCGAAUAAGAAAUUGCCGAGCAAGCUGCCGACAAAAGAAAAAUCUAGCAGCAGUUUAAAGACCAGUCUGUCGCGUUCCUCAAGCAAGAGUGCGACCGCCAAAACACCUGAGAACCCUCCACCAUCAGAUAAAAAGAAAGUACCUAUGAAUAAGGUGCAAGUUGGAAAUGCUCCGUCACCCAAUAUAAAAGCAGUUAAAUCCAAAAUUGGAUCUUUGGACAACACUACUUACAAACCGGGAGGUGGGAAAGUUAAGAUCGAGAAUAGAAAGCUCGAGUUCAAUGCUGCUCCUAAGAUUGCUGCGAAAAACGAAGCGUAUACACCCAGUGGUGGUACAAGAAAGAUUAUCACGACAAAGUUGGAAUGGAACGCUAAACCAAAAGUUGGAUCCCUGCAAAACACGGCGUACAAGCCGGGCGGUGGUGAUAAGAAGAUUGAAACCGUCAAGUUGGACUUCAAGGACAAAGCGAAACCAAAAGUUGGAUCCACGGCUAACAUAACCCAUAAACCCGGCGGCGGCACUGUAAAGAUUGAAAACCAAAAAUUGGAUUUCAAAGCGCAAAGCAAGGUCGGCUCACUCGACAACGUAAAGCACAAACCGGGCGGGGGCGACAUAAAGAUAUUCGACGACAAGGAAUACAUCAAGCAGGUCGGCGGCCAGUCCCCGCUACCCACCAGCCUCAACCAGUCGCGGCAGGAGAGUCCGGUCCCACCGUCAGCGCCCCCGAACGUAGUUGAAGGACAUUUACUACCAACGAAAACGGAAAACUGUUACAUAACUCUGAGCGAGUGGCCGGAGCGUCCGCUGUCGCGUAGUCGAUCGGCGCGCGCCCCCCGCACCCCGCGUACCCCGCGCGCCCUCUCGCCGCGGAAGCCCGCGCCCGACGACCGCCGCAAGGAGCUCAACAGACGCGCUUCCAUGGGGCGCCCCGCUAGCGCCCGCGAUCCGCCCCGCUCGGCAUGUUCUAGACGCACUUCGCUAACACCGCGUCCCGCCUUUACAAUAUAU